UUUCUUAUUUAUUUAUUUAUUUAUUUAUUAAAUUAAGAAUUAAUUAAAAUAUUAGGUAUAAUGUUAACUUAUAAAGUGAAAGAUUCAAAGUUAAUUUUUAAUUAUUAAAAUGUAUCAUUGAUACUUUAAUAUUAGCCAGAAAUAGAAAGACUAAAAUAUGUCUAUGUCUUUAAAACAGAGCUAUUCGUUGUUAAUAUUAAUUUUUUAUGAAAUUGAAAGAUAUGGAUAUUAAAUGGCUAAGAAGAUACCGAGUUUUUUGUAUUGGAGGUUCAAUAAUAUUGUUUGUUCAAAUAAUUUUAGCAUUUGUGUUUUUCUCUACACAAGAUUAUUCUGUUAUUGAUGAAUUAUCACGAAGUUCUAUAAGUAGGUUUAAAAAUGUAGCAGAAUAUGGAACUGAUGAUGAUGAUGAUGUAUCAAAUUACAACCUUGUUCCUAGUGGAAGAAGAAAUCAGAAAAGAUUACCCUUUGAUAAAGGUACUUCUUCUAAUGACUACUAUAGAGUGAUUCAUCAACGAGGUAACCAAAAGACUGAAAAUUUUAAAGCUUUGGGAGCAGAUGAUUUGGGAUUUAUGCCACCAUGUGAUAUUAUUGGUCGUGAACCUGUGUCAGCCUUACAACGAGCAAAAACUCAAACAUGUAAACAAUUAAUAGCUAACAUAUCAUGUCUCAUUAAUAGCACACCACCAUAUCCUCAGAGAUUAAUUCAUCAUUGUCCUUCUAAUGAUGUUUCUGAUAUAAAAGAAUUAGGAUGUUACCGAGAGAAUAGAGAAAAUAAAUUAUUACAAGGUUACAAAACUACUAAUGUAUUCACAAAUUCUCAAAAUAUUUGUAAGGAUAUUUGUUUACAAUCUGGUUUUGUUUACGCUGGGGUUGAAUAUGGAUCUGAAUGCUUUUGUGGCAAUGAAAGUCCAGAUUGGGAUUUAAAGCUACCAGAUUCCUUAUGUGAUAUGCAAUGUCCAGGUAAUCUCAGUCAAAAAUGUGGAGGACACUAUACUAUGAAUAUUUUCAAAACAGGAGCUUCUAGAUUUAUUGCACAAACUGCAUCGGAACCAUUGACAUCUUUAGAACAAAACAUUUCACCUGUACGUAUAGUAUUUCUUUUAACAUUAAAUGGAAGAGCUGUUCGACAAGUUUAUAGACUUAUUAAAUCCCUUUAUCAUCGAGAUCAUUAUUUUUUUAUUCAUGUAGAUUCUAGACAAGACUACAUGUUUCGAGAAUUAUCAAAAAUAGAAUUGACUUUAAGUAAUGUAAGACUUUCUCGACGUAGGCACUCAACAAUAUGGGGUGGUGCAUCACUCUUAUCUACUCUUAUGGAUUCUAUGACUGAUCUGGUACAAUCUUCUUGGGAUUGGGAUUUUGUUAUUAAUCUUAGUGAAUCAGAUUUUCCUAUUAAGUCUAAUGAUGCAUUAGUUAAAUUUUUAACUGCCAACCGUGAAUAUAAUUUUGUGAAAUCUCAUGGUAGAGAAGUACAACAAUUUAUACAAAAACAAGGACUUGAUAAAGCAUUUGUUGAAUGUGAAACCAGAAUGUGGCGUGUUGGUGAAAAGGAAUUACCUAAAGGUAUUGUUUGGGAUGGCGGUAGUGAUUGGAUUGCAUUAUCUAGACCAUUUGUGAACUAUUUAGUAACUGGUGAUGAACUUAUUUCUGGUUUGAUGCAAUUUUUUAAGUAUACACUAUUACCAGCUGAGUCAUUUUUUCAUACGGUUUUGAGAAAUUCACCUUUCUGCACUUCGUAUAUUGAUAAUAACUUACAUGUUACUAAUUGGAAGAGGUGGCUUGGAUGUAAGUGCCAGUAUCGACAUGUUGUUGACUGGUGUGGUUGCAGUCCCAAUGUUUUUCGUAUUGAUGAUUGGAAUCGAAUUAAGAAUACAGAAAAGAAGCAAGUGUUUUUUGCACGUAAGUUUGAACCAAUUAUAAGUUUAACUGUUAUUGAUAUGCUUGAUGUUUGGUUGUAUGGUGAUUAUCCAAAAGAUAUGCGAAACCGUAUGAGUUAUUGGCAAAAUGUUUAUCAUUUUGAAGAUAUACAACCAGAACCUGAUGAAACUAUGCUUACUAUUGGAAAUAGUCUUGCAAGAAUUUCUGUAAAGUCAUUAAAUGUAGCUAAUAAUUUUCGCUGUUCAAUUCAUAGUUUAGAUAAACUGUUACAAAUUUUUACUUAUCAUCACCAAGACCAAUUUAAAGGUUUUUUAAUACAAUAUGAAGUAAGUUUUUCAAAAAACUCUCCCAAUAUUUUGCUUGAAAGUUGGUGUUUACCCAAGUUACAGAGUGAGGUUUUAUUCAAUAAUGAACCCAUAAAUAGAUUAAUGAAAUUAAUAGUCAGUUCUAAUUAUGAUCAAAAAGAACAGAUGUCAUAUGACUUUAUUCAUCUUAUUAGUCCCCAUACUGAACCUAUUUUAAUACAUCAAUGGGCUGUUGGUGAUUACAGCUUCAGUGUUAAAUUUAUAUGGGUGAAUCCUUAUGGUGAAAUAGCCAACGUAACAUCUGGAAACAUUGAUGAAUCAACUAUGAUUACCUUUGUAAAACCAAUACUUAAAGGGCCACUAGAAAAAGGAAUAUGGACUGUAUUAAUGAUAUUUGACAAUAAAACAGUAGCAUUUACCCGAUUUCUAGUAACUCCGUUACAGUUAUCUAAAAAUUUACCUAUGUCAUCUAGUUACACAAGUUUUAUUAAAAAAGAACAAUUAUAUGAUGAGAAUGUCCAAAAAUGGGGCCAUUUAAUUGAAAAUUUUAACAGAACAUAUAAGUUUGAAACAAAAAGUAGAUUUUAUGAUAAUUCAAGAACCAAACUUACAAAUUGGAUUGAUAGCCUAGUGAUCAAAACCUACAAUAUUUUAGAAACUUGUUCAGUUUUAACUAGUGAAUCUAUAGAUAAUUGUGGAAUUAAAAUGUCUCUUUGUUCUAAAACAUUGUGGAGUUCUUUUUCACCAGAUCCAAAAUCAGAUAUUUUAUCAAUUAAUAAAGAAUCUGGAACUAUUAAUAGGUAUUAAAUUUUAGACUGUAAUAGUGCCAUAUCAUGAUGCUAAAUACUACUGUGAGAUAUGCCAUAUAAAUUAUUAAAUUAAGAUAAAAUGAUAAAAUAUCAAAGACUUUAUAUUGUGCUAUCAUUCUAUUUGAAGUUCACAUUUGCAAGAUAUUUAGUAACCUAAUGAAUUUUUAACUAUAAAUAACUUUCAAUGUUGGUUACUAUAAAAUUUCUAAAAUAACUUAAGUUUAUGUGAAUGAAUUACAUGAUCUUUACAUGUUAUUUCUGUAAAAAUUAUUAAAUAUUUUGACAUUUUUUAUUAUCUUAUUACUUAAAAUUAUUUUC